CUAACAGGUCAACCAAAACUGAACAAAUUAUAUAUUCGAAUUAACCGUUUGACGUUGUCAUGGGAUUGUAUAAAAUAAGGAGGACUUUUUCGUUCCACUGUACAAAAAGCAACCAAACUCCAACAGCUGUUAGUUAGUAUUUCAAUUCAUUAAGUGACUAUGUAAUAACCGAAAAAUGAAGCAAUAUUAUUCUUGAGCAAAUACGAAAAUUAAAUAAAAUCUGCAAAGUAUAAUAAAAGUAAAUAAUGCUGAAAUGUCAGCAAAAUUAAAAUGCAACACAACAAUUUCCACAACAACUCCAAAUAUUAACAGCAGUAAUACUUGAAGAUUUACUUCAAAUUGUACACUAAGGACUAAGAACGAAGAUUUGUGCACUAAGAAGCGAGCAGAGUAUUUAUUUGCGAAUGUUUUGCAAUUUAAUUUUUAUAUCAACAAGCGAGCGACAGCAGAGCCCACGAGCACACAAACAGUUGGACAAGUUGGAACAGACAGACAGACAAACAGACAAACAGAGUGAGGAUUGGAUAGGGCAGGCACGCAGGCCAGAAAACAAGCCUGAGCAAAUACAAGAAGUUCGUUGUGCAAAUGAAGAGGCGCAUAGUUGAGCUGGCUGGCUGGUGUUUCAUUUCAGAAAUUCAAUUCGAGAUGCAAGCAAUAGCAAGGAGCAGACAAAAUGCCAACAAGCGGCCACCGGAUGCAGCAGCAAUGGCAGCAUCGGCGCUGCUGCCGAGGCAGAUGAAGCCCCGGUUGUACUUGGACUUACAGCCGCUCAUCAGCGCUGUUCGACGCCUUCGCUUCGGUAUGCUGAACUCAAAUUUCAUGCAUCACUUCCGCAUUCGAAACGCUUGGGUGCACGAAGAAAUCCAAGGUAUUUGCUGCUGUCAGGGUUGGACGGUUAACGCCGUGUUAAAAUUGACGCGCCGCAUCGUGUUUUUACAGUUGAGCGGGUGAAGAUGUCGAGAGAGGAGAGAAGCCAUCCUGCGUGAGUUGGAAAUCAUGUCCGAGAACUUGGAAGGCGCGCUAACAAGUUGCUGUGUAUAUUGAAAAGAAAGUUCUUAGAAAUUCAAAUAUUUUUAUUUCAUUAACCAAAUAAGUUUAGUGUCAAUCGCAAAUUGCAAAUUGCUACCGUUAAACUAUGAUAAUUAAAUUUUGCACACACACUCCGUUGAACAAUUGUCGUGUCAAAAGUUUAAUGCGUUUUGAUUUCUUACAGUUAUUUUCUGUAAUAUCAAGGUAAAUUUUUAGCCUUUUAUAUCUAAUUGAUGGUAUCGAGUUCAGUAUAGUUCAAGUUUCCAUAAUGCUUAGAAAAACAGUUACUCCUAACUUGUUGCCAUAUUUUAUAAUUUGAGUAUAUAUGUUUGAACAAUAUACUCACAUAUACAUUUUAAAAGAACUAAAGGUCCGAU